ACUUCUUCAAUUCUUCACAAUCUUUGACAGAUGAUACUAUGCUUAAUCCCUUCGCUCAUGAAUUCAAACCAUUACCUUCUUUCCAGACACAGCCCACAGAAACCGCUAUAACAACAAGCUCAACAUCCAAACAACAGUCUGACGAGCAACGACAACGCCAAAAACAGCAGGAUAAGCAAAAGAGCAGUAGGACUGCAACAAUUACUAAGGAAACUGAGUCUUCUCAAAGUAACAAUGAUCUGAAAGCGAAAAAAAAGAAGCCGAUAGUUCUCUCCUCAACCACACUAAACAAAAAGUCAAACAAAAAGAGUGAAUCACAACAGACUCAAACAGUAUCUCCAUCGUUAAAAAAACAACAACAUUCACGACGAAAAUCUUCGCAGCAAAAUACUACAUCAGUCACAAUCACACCGUUAACCGAUCAGUUUUCUGAAGAAACAAAGUUCAUAACAAUUGAAGCUGCUAUUGAUCCUAUACAUCGAAUUGCGGCAACAAGUACAAGGAAUAGUAAUUUAGGGAGUAGCUGUACCUCCAUCAGCGCCGUAACAAAUGAUGGACACCGAUUUGAACACGGUUAUGAGAGGUAUAUCAGAUGGAUUGAAAAAUCAUUACGCAAAUUCGAUACCAUUACAGUGGUUGGUAUGGACAAUGCAGUAGUUGAUGUGGUAUCUUUAGUGACAAUUAUACACGAUCGUAAAAUUGGUAUACAUAAUGAUAUAGAAACGUUCAGUAUGAAGUCAGAAAACAAUAAGAGAAUAGCUGGAUGCAUCCAAGUGAAAUUACACUCUUACUACUAAUUUAACUGCUAUAAAAGAAUCACCCAGCGGCUGAUUUAACUUGAAUGCACACUACAAUAGUUAUACGACUGGUAGAAGGGACCCAGGUUCUUCUAGCAAUACUCAAUUCUUUGAUUUAGAGAGUUUGCAGAUGGAAAAAAUGAACAUUUUUAGGAUCGUCGAACUAAGUGAGACAGUGUACAGUAUUAUGGUUGAAUUCAGGGAGAAUCACACUGACAUGGUACCUUAAAACCUUGUCUCUUGUUCUAUAUUGAAUAUAUCUGCUUUUCGUUAAACGUUCAGAAUAAAAACAAGUUUAGCAGAUGAAACAAUUUGAAUUUUGUAUAAUUGUUAUGGUAGAAUGUGUGUAUAAACAAAGCAGCUGCCUCAUGCGCAUAUAUAUGUACUGCAGCGAAGCUGUCAAGAGCGGAUCGUUAAAUUAGAUUCAAAAAGAAAGAAGUUCGCUUUCUCUCCUUGA